AUGGCUUCGUCACUUCUGACAUCUCCCGGUAUGAUCUCCACUACCGGUCCCACCGUGGUUGUCCAGUCAGUCUUCUUACCCUUUGGAUCACUCCGCCUGAUCCGUCCGUAUAACAAGCCGUCCUUGUUCCUCUCCUGUCGCUCUUCUGUGUCCACAAAGGCGGCUACUAGUGCUAAUGACCUCAAACCCGCCGUGGAACGGUGGCCGGAGUACAUUCCGAACAAGCUCCCCGACAAGGCCUAUGUGCGUGUUUUCGACACGACGCUUCGUGACGGUGAACAAUCUCCCGGUGGAUCCCUUACUCCACAGCAGAAACUAGAGAUUGCCUGGCAGCUCGCUAAACUCCGAGUAGAUGUCAUGGAAGUUGGUUUUCCGGUGUCAUCUGAGGAAGAGUUUGAAAUCAUCAAAACCAUUGCCAAGACCGUGGGGAACGAGGUGGAUGAGGAAACAGGUUACGUCCCCGUGAUAUGCGUCAUCGCACGAUGCAAACAUAGCGACAUUGAGGCGGCUUGGGAGUCGGUGAAGUACGCGAAGAGGCCGAGGAUAACCAUAUUCGCAUCUACUAGUGACAUUCACAUGAAAUAUAAGUUGAAAAAGACUAAAGAAGAAGUCAUCGAGAUGGCCGUGAGUAGUGUUAGAUUUGCUAAGAGCAUAGGCUUCAACGACAUCGAAUUUGGUUGCGAAGAUGGCGGCAGGACGGAUAAGGAUUUUAUGUGCAAGAUUCUAGGAGAAGGGAUAAAAGCGGGUGCAACCACGGUUGGAUUCGCGGACACUGUAGGGAUCAACAUGCCGCCUGAAUUCGGAGAACUUGUGAACUAUGUCAUAGCAAACACUCCUGGAGCUGAUGAUGCUGUCUUCGCCGUUCAUUGUCACAACGACCUUGGUGUUGCUACCGCCAAUACGCUCUCCGCUAUAUGUUCGGGAGCAAGACAAGUCGAAGUAACAGUAAAUGGAAUAGGUGAAAGAAGUGGCAAUGCGCCGCUUGAAGAGGUCGUGAUGGCUUUGAAAUGUCGAGGAGCAUAUCUGAUGGAUGGUGCUUACACGAGAAUAGACACACGCCAAAUUAUGGCUACUAGCAAGAUGGUUCAAGAAUAUACUGGUUUGUACGUUCAACCACAUAAGCCUAUAGUUGGAGAUAAUUGUUUUGUUCAUGAGAGCGGAAUUCACCAGGAUGGAAUAUUGAAAAACCGGAGUACAUAUGAGAUCUUAUCACCAGAAGAUGUUGGAAUUGUAAAAUCUCAAAAUUCCGGCAUUCUUCUUGGAAAACUUAGUGGACGUCAUGCUGUGAAAGGUCGGCUAAAAGAGUUGGGAUAUGAAAUCGAUGAUGAGAAAUUAAACGACAUUUUCGCACGGUUCAGAGAAUUAACAAAGCAGAAAAAGAGAAUCACGGAUGAUGAUAUGAAGGCGUUAGUAAUGUGCAGUGAUGAAAUCUCCUCAAAGAUACCAAUCCCUCAGAUUUCCUCUGUUGUAUUAAAUGUUUGA